ACAGUAAAGACAAAAAGGACCCUUGACACUUUAUCGACAGCGUAGCCAUGAAGAACAACCAAAACAACACUCUUUAACAUAACAUAACAAAGUUUCCCAUUAAGCUUCUUCUUCUCAUUCUUCUAAUCCAUGAGGCAAGUUUUGGAAUUUUCUUAGGGUUUCAUCUCAUUUUAUCUUCAAUUUCAAUACCCACCAACCUUUCCUUCUUUACACAUGAUUUUGGUUGCAAGAAGGUUCAUUUUCUGCAAAGUUCUUAUCCAUGAUGUCACAUUCAUCUAGCUUAGGAUCUACACAUCCUUGGAUUAAAGAAUUGAAAUCUGAAGAAAGGGGUUUGUAUUUGAUCCAUUUGUUGCUCACUUGUGCAAACCAUGUAGCUUCUUGCAAUCUUGAGAAUGCAAAUGCUUCACUUGAGCAAAUUUCCAUGCUUGCUUCUCCCAACGGGGAUACUAUGCAGAGAAUCGCAGCGUAUUUUACCGAAGCACUCGCUGAUAGGAUACUGAAAACAUGGCCUGGUCUUCACAAAGCACUUAACUCUACUAGAAUGGUUAUGGUUUCGGAAGAGAUUCUUGUGCAGAAGCUCUUUUUCGAGCUUUUUCCUUUCUUGAAGGUGGCGUUUGUUCUUACGAACCAGGCUAUCGUUGAGGCGAUGGAAGGGGAGAAAAUGAUUCACAUAAUUGAUCUCAAUGCUGCUGAACCUGCUCAGUGGAUUGCACUUCUCCAAGUUUUGAGUUCGCGUCCUGAAGGCCCUCCGCAUUUGAGAAUCACCGGGGUUAAUUCGAAAAAAGAGGUUUUGGAUCAGAUAGCUCAUAGACUGAUUGAAGAAGCUGAAAAAUUGGAUAUACCAUUCCAAUUCAAUCCUGUUGUUAGCAAAUUAGAAAACCUCGAUUUAGACAAACUUCGUGUAAAAACCGGGGAGGCAUUAGCAAUUAGUUCGAUUCUCCAAUUACAUACCUUUUUAGCCUCAAAUGAUGAAACCAUGAAGAGAAAAUCUCCUCUUUCGUUGAAAUCUCCAAAUGGAACUCACUUGCAAAGAUUCCAGCCAAUCAACCAAACUACCUUAGGCGAUUUGCUUGCGAAGGAUAUGGUUAACAAAUAUACCAAAAGUCCCGACUCAACCUCGUCAUCAUCUCCAGCUUCUUCAAACACGUCAAAUUCAAUGAACAUGGAGAAUUUUCUCAACGCAUUAUGGAGUUUAUCACCAAAGGUAAUGGUUGUAACAGAACAAGACUCUAAUCAUAACGGCGCAACCCUUAUGGAGAGGCUACUAGAAGCUCUAUAUUCUUACGCAGCAUUAUUCGAUUGUUUGGAAUCAACAGUCUCAAGAAACUCAUUGGAAAGAAUCAGAGUGGAGAAAAUGCUUUUUGGCGAGGAAAUCAAGAACAUUAUUGCCUGCGAAGGUUUAGAACGAAAGGAAAGGCACGAGAAGCUUGAUAAGUGGUUCAUGAGAUUCGAUUUAGCUGGUUUCGCUAACGUGCCUUUAAGUUAUUUCGGUAGGUUACAAGCGAGGAGGUUUCUGCAGAGUUAUGGUUGCGAAGGAUAUAGAAUGAGGGAGGAAAACGGUUGCGCGGUAGUAUGUUGGCAAGAUAGGUCCUUGUUUUCGAUAUCGGCUUGGAGAACAAGGAAGUAAGGCAAAAUCGAAAACCAGAAUGACAAUGAGAAAGAAAUGGGGAUGAUGUAUUGCAUGAAAAUGUUUUGUCCUUAUAGUAAUGAAUAAUGAUUAUGCAUCAUAAUCAAUUUUUAGAUAUAGUUCAAAUGCUUGGUGAGAGGAACAGAAGAAAUGCGAAUGUAUAGUUAAAGUUCAUCUUCAUUUUUUAUGAACAUGUUUUGAUUCAUUUAA